CCAUUGGUACUGUCGUCUAGCUUACCAUACACCGGCGGCAUAGCUAUCCCUCAUAUCCAUUAUACAGAGCUUUUGUUUUGAAGUGUUACAAGAGAUACCAAUCUCCUCCGUCAAUUUCAAGUUCAGAGGCCGCACAUCGCACUGAGAGAAACCCGCUCCAUUGUUUCGUUUUUUCCCGCCAUGGGAGUCAUGGAAAUCGACACAGAGAAAAAUCUUCAAAGGAAACAGUCUCUCUAUCAAAAUCUGGAUGAGGGAUUCGGGAUUCAGAAAGAGCAGUACAAAGGUCAGCAAUACAGUCAAAUUUACUUCACUCGCCUCCAUCACAUGAGAAAACUUCUCUAUUCACUCGUCGAGAAAUGGAAACCUCAUCUGCCAGUAUGUAAGGUUUUGGGACUUGAAGAAGGCAAAGAAUGCAUCGUUGUUGGAACUCUGUACAAACAAAUGAAGCUCAAGCCUUCUGUUCUGGAUGAGUACUCUAAGGAGAGAUCUGUGGUUCCUCUUGUUAAACUGCAUAAUUUCAUCCAUCCUGAUGACCACCUUGUUUUGGAAGAUGAGAGUGGAAGAGUUAAACUUGGUGGGGCCUUUCUUGAACCAUCUUUGUUUGUGACAGGAGUUGUGGUGGCUCUACAUGGAAAGGAAACCACCGCUGGUGAGUUUUUGGUUCAAGAUAUCCUUGAAGCUGGCUUACCAUCCCAAAUAGGGCUUCCACUUCAUUCAGGAGAAGACAAGUAUGUUGUUUUUGUAUCGGGCCUGAGUGUUGGGAGCAUCACAUCUAACCCUCUUCAAAUACAGCUUCUUGUAGAUCAUAUUACUGGACAUUUAGGAGAUGAAAAGGAGCAAAGCAUUUCAUCUCUAAUUGUUCGUGUAGUUAUUGCUGGGAAUUCUGUUGAAAUUCCACAUGGACUUCUUAAUGGACAGACACUGGUCUCAAAGGAUCAGUCGAGGCUGUCUGAGCCAGUCAAGGAGCUUGAUAUCUUGUUAACCCAGAUUGCUGCUGCAAUACCUGUAGAUAUCAUGCCAGGGCCCAACGACCCAGCCAAUUUCUCCUUACCUCAGCAGCCUUUGCAUAGAUGCCUUUUCCCUGGGGCAUCAGCUUAUAACACUUUCAUAUCAUGCACAAACCCUCAUUCUUUUGAGGCUGACAAUGUCAGAUUCCUUGGAACAUCAGGUCAGAACAUAGAUGACCUUGGUAAGUACUCAGAGGCAAAAAGUAACCUUGAUUUUAUGGAGAGGACAUUAAGGUGGAGGCAUCUAGCACCAACAGCACCUAACACACUUGGAUGUUACCCCUUCACUGACAGGGAUCCUUUCUUCAUUGAAAACUGUCCUCAUGUAUACUUUGUUGGUAAUCAGAGUAAAUAUGAGACUCGAUUGUUUAGAGGAUCAGAAGGACAAUUGAUAAGACUCAUUGCAAUUCCUAAAUUCUGUGAGACUGGAUUAGCUAUUGUGCUAAAUAUGAAGAAUCUUGAAUGCCAUGCUCUCAGUUUCUCGACGAACUUGGACUAGUAGUAAAUGAGGCAUUGUAAGGCUUCAUAAGCCCUUAUGGUUUUACUAGUUGAAUCAAGUUGGUUUUGCCAGAAUUUGCUGGAUCGAUGCAGUAAAAUCCUUGGUUUAUAUUGAAGAGCAGAAAGGUGUGUGUUUGGUUGCCUCGGCCAUUAAACAGAGUUACACACUUAUUUGCUACUCUUGAGACUUGAGAGUUGAGUGGUUUAACAAUUUGGUCCUGAUUAUAUAACUAGGAGGUCUACAGUUUCCCUCACAAUGUUGUUUUCAUUUGGAAGAUCUUCUGUACUUGUGUGUCUUAGACAAGCACAGUACCAUCGCUCAGAAAUGGAUUUUCGAAUUCCCAGGACCAAAUUGUGACAUCGAGAAAGAGCAUCUAUCUUGCUGAGAAGGUUCAGCAGCUCCCACGAACUUGGUUUAUGUAUCAAUGAAGCCCAACCAAGGGCUUGUAACAUGUUAUUAGUUGGAAUCCAAAUUAUGUGGACAAGUUUUAGUACAAUUGAAAUCGGCUGUGACAAAAUGUUGCUCUGAA